UGUCAAUGAGCGGAUUUUACCCGGACCAGAACCAUUAAAAUUGUUACGGUUUCGGAACCAGAACCGAUCCAUUGCUUAUUAGAUCCACACCGGACCGGACCAUUAAAUGAUAAAUAAAAUGGUUUUGGGUAGGUUAAUUACCCAUGGGUCUUAUCAGAUCUAUAGACCCAAUAAUAUCCAUUACCAAACUUAAAAAAGCCCAAAAAAGACCAAAAAAGCCCAUGGUCUCAAACGCUCAAAUCUCAAUUCUCGUCUGAAUUUGAAAAUUGGAUCUGCACGCAGCGUCGCAGCCGCUUCACGCUCACCUCAAUUCCUCCGCCUCCGCCGCCGAUUGGUGUCGCCUCGCUGCUGAUUGUUGUCGCGCUCUCCGGAAUUCGCUGCUCUCCGCCGCUCCGGGAGUUCCUGCCCUCUCCGCCGCACGCCGCCGCGCCGGGAGUUCCUACGCUCUCCGCCGCACGCCGCCGCCGCGCCGCGAAGCUGCUCCUGCACUCCUCAAGCAACCGCACCACUCUCUCGCACUCGCACACAGUCACCCAAUUCCCAUAUUUAUUGCCCAAAUCGUCGCAUCCAUCUCCACCUCGCCGCCACGCCGCCGCUGCCAUGUCGUGAAAAGUAUCAGCUUUCAAUACUCUCAGCAGAAAGAAAAGUUUCUGUGCAAAGCUCAAUUGAUAUAGAAUAACAUAAUGAGGCGUAGACCUGGAAUUGGAGGUUUGCAGAAUGCCGCCGCUGCUAGGGAUCAAUACCGAUUGCUUGGAGAAAAUGUGGCAAAAUUGCGGACGGAUCUCAUGAAAGAACAACUCGCUACAUUUCGUUCUCAGCUAGAAGAUUUUGCCCGCAAACACAAGAAUGACAUUCGCAAAAAUCCAGCAUUUCGGUCGCAAUUUCAUGAGAUGUGUGCCAAAGUAGGAGUUGAUCCUCUGGCUUCUAACAAGGGUUUCUGGGCUGAGCUAUUGGGCAUUGGUGACUUCUAUUACGAACUUGGUGUGCAAAUUGUUGAUAUUUGCUUGGCCACUAGACCUCACAAUGGAGGUCUGAUCAGCUUGGAAGAACUUUGUAAACUGCUUGGUCAAAGAAGGAAAGGAACUCGUGAGGCUAUCUCUCAGGAUGAUUGUUUGCGUGCCAUAAGUAAGCUGAAGGUGCUCGGGAAUGGUUUUGAGGUGAUAUCUCUUGGCAAGAAGAAGCUUGUUAGAUCUGUCCCCACAGAAUUGAAUAAAGACCACAAUGAAAUUUUGGAGCUAGCACAGGGUCAAGGCUUUGUGACAGUCGAUGAAGUUCAGAGACGGCUCUCUUGGACAUCUGGACGCGCAACUGAUGCCCUCGAAACUUUACUAGAAGAAGGUCUUGCCAUGAUUGAUAAUGGACACAAAGAUGGUAGAAGUAGAUAUUGGUUUCCCUGCGUAUCAUCUGUGUCUUCCUACACAGCAUCCGAUGUGUAAUUUUUGUACAAUGCAAUGACUUAAUUGUCGUGAUUACUAAGGAGUGUUGUGUUGUCAGAUCUGUAUGGAAUAUAGCAGCUUCUGUGCUUCUAUUUGGAAUGUUGACUAUCUAUCCUGCUUUCUAUAUUUAUUCUCCAAAAACAUGUAUUCAACACUUAUUUCUUUUAGAAAUAUUAUACCAUUUGUGUCUUUA